AGUUAAUAUGUUCGUUGCCCCAACAGAAACAUUAAUCAGACAACUCCCUACGCAUCUGCCUCUCUUUUUAAGGUAUAUACUUAUAUCGAAUGGGACUCCCGAAGGCAUGGAUGGUGUACCCCAGAGUCCUUCCCAAGUCAAUUACUGCGGCUGUGAUGCAGAAGAAGACCAUGAAAGACUACUUCCGGAAGUUUGAUUGCAACGGAGAUGGGAAGCUGAACCAGCGGGAGCUUGCGAUGGCCUUCCGUCAGCUUGGGGCCAUGGCCCCAGGGUUGCGGGCCCUCUUAGCCAUCCUCAAAGCGGAUGAGAAUGGCGAUGGCUACAUCUCUGAGGACGAGCUCGACAAGCUCGUCGAUUACGCCAUUGAACGGGGUUACUAUUUCAAUAUCUCCCCUUGAUUAAAUUUUGUCUUAGAAAAAAUGGAAAUCCCUUUUCUUUAUUUUUCUUUUCUUUUCCUCUUCGUUUCCUUUUUUCCUUUUGGGUCCUUUUCUUUUUCCCCAGCCCUAGCUGAUGCUGAACGCAAGCAUCUUUUCUUCAGCAGAGAAGACUAUGUGGUUAUUGUUAGUUAGUAUAUGGGAUUCCCUCGGAGGAGAAGGCUGCUGCAGUAACAAUGUAAUUUACUAUAUAUAUAAAUAUAUAUAUGUAUAUAUGUGAAUAACUUUUUGGUGUAUUCAUAUGAAGUUAA